AUGAACGAUUAUUACGACGACAGCGACGCCAGGUUAGGAUCCCCUCCUCUCGAAGCCGUCGUGGUCAGGACGACUCCAUCACCCUCUCCCACCCCUGUUGUGAUCCAGCCUUACCGACCACUCUCCCUAGAUACAAAUUUCAAUUCUUCUUCCUGCGCCCCGUCCAAAUCUAGGAAUCGGGCAAGAACCCGACCGACACAGGGCGACUGGGUGCUCAUUCGUGAAAUGGACCCGAACCGUCCAGACAUUGCCCAGCAAGUGAGUGAAAGAGCACUAGAGUCCGGAUCGGCGUCGGAAAGCGACGAGGACGACGACGCAGACAUGGAAGAGAGUUACCCAGCCGCCGUCCAUGCAAGGUCCGAGUAUCAAGCACCGCCACGUCCGCAGGAUCUCCAGGCUCAGAAUGUACAGCGCUUCGCAGCAAUCUCCUUUGAGCCACAUGAUCCGAAAGCGACGGCUAGCCAUAGAGAUUCGGUGAUUGACGACGAUGUGCUGAGGGCUGGUGGUCCCUUGGCUGACAGACGGCCGUCUUAUGCCUCGAAUGUGAGCAGCACACUCCAUGGCGGACGCUCGAGUGUAAGCAGUGCAAGCAUGACCCCACAUGGCCAUUCUAUACUACCCUUAUUAUCGUCCACUCCUCACAGCCAACAAAACGGAGUCAUCCCAAAUGGGCAAUCCCAUGGCAUUUCCUCGACUGCAUCUCCACAUCUUCGGCCCCUGGCCAUCCCGUCCAUGGGAGGUCAAGAUAAGCUCCCGGCUUUACAAGCCCCAUCGCCUGCUCAUGACGCCGGCUCACCGUGCAGCCAGCAAUCCUUGCCCUCUUUCCGACACAUUGACGACAUAGCCCGAUCGGCGACGAGUGAACAAGACAUGAGCAGACCAAACGGAUUCCACCACCGGCAAUCCGUAUCCUCGGUAGGGCAGUCGCCCACAUCCAUGGUACGACAGCUGUCCAUUAGCUCGCACUCGCCAGGGACCCCCUUUUCCUUGUUGAGCGCAUCCUCACCUAUGAGCGCCAACGGUGAUUCACAACGAGCAGACAUAUUCCUACGCGCCGGUGGUGCUGGUGUAUUCGGUACCGACGCUCGGCGGCCAUCACACGCUGCAUCAGAAGGCGGGGGGGCCUAUCAUUCAACCCAUCAUUCCGGAUCAACGAGCGAAAGCUAUCAGAGCACCGAUGGCUUGAGCCCUGGAUCACAACCGACGCCUAUUGAGCCGCGAGCACGACAUGUGAGUUUGGACGAUGCGCUGGCUUCAAGAGUUUUGCCGCCGCCACUGGGAUCGGGGAUGCAAGCCAUUCCCUCGCAUAGCACAGGCUCCUUCAAGUGCGACUAUCCCCACUGCAAUGCGCAGCCGUUUCAGACGCAGUAUCUCUUGAACUCUCAUACCAAUGUCCACUCACAAAACCGACCCCACUAUUGCCCCGUCAAAGGCUGUCCACGAGGUGAAGGCGGCAAAGGCUUCAAGCGCAAAAACGAAAUGAUACGGCACGGGUUGGUCCAUCAGUCUCCAGGCUAUGUGUGCCCGUUUUGUCCGGAUCGAGAGCACAAGUAUCCCCGACCUGAUAAUCUUCAGAGGCAUGUCCGUGUCCACCACAUUGACAAGGACAAGGACGACGCUCAACUCCGCGACGUCCUUGCCCAGCGACCCGAGGGCGGCAGUCGAGGGCGGAGACGACGAGUCAGUGAAACAGGUCGCUCGUGA